GCGCUGGCUCAGCGGGGGGACUUCGAGAAGCUGAAUGCCCCGUCAGCCAACGGCAAUACGGCCUUGCACUUGGCUGCAAGACACGGACAUCCAGCAGCAUGCGAGGCCCUCCUGGAGUGCCCCGGCCUGGCCUCCCUCAACGGCCAGAACUCGAGCGGCUGGACGGUGCUGCACUACGCGGCGGCGGCCGGCAUGGUGAACGUCUGUGAGAAGAUCCUGAGGCAUCCACAGUUUUCUGCCGAUGGUGCACUGACAGCCAACGGGGAUCGGACACGGCGCUCCACUGGGCCGCCAGGAACGGGCACCAGGAGGUCUGCAAAGUGCUCGUGGACCACCAGCACAGACAAGACGGAGUGUGAGGCCGUUCAGCACUUAGCUGAGCGUCUGCCGCUCCCUGGGGACGCGUAUGUUCAUACGCGUGUGCAUUCGUGCCCAGCUUCUACUCUUCUGUGCUUUCCGCUGUCGUGGUGAUGACGAGGAGGAGGAGCAGCAGCAGCAGCACGAGGGUGAGGCCGCCCGACCGCUUGUUUUCCUAUUUGAAUUAGGGCGCGUUUAUGAGUCUUUGGGCAUGUACUUUUCAUUAGUGAGGCGCUUGGUACGACCAGACCCCUUGCCCUCAAGUGGACAAGAGGGUCGGCCUCGACCGCAGUUGUGACUCGGAGACCCGCAGUUGUGACUUGCGAAGACUGGGAGAGCAUUGCUUACAUUUGCUUGCCCCCAUGUCUGCGCGAAGUUUAUUAAGCGAGGUAGGUGCCCUGUACAUACGGUGGACCGUUUCACGACGCGCAGUGCCAGCAAUUGGUUGCGCGUGUGUCAGAGAAGCUGAUUUCAAACCAUUGAUUUCGCGUGCCUGUUCGGGAGAAUGUUCGAUGAGGCUGUGCGCGAAGUCCCGCAGCGGAGAUCCUCUCUACCCAUCGUCCUCCUGGGGUCCACUUGUACCAGGCGGGGUGGACGGACCGCGGGGAGAGCCUCCGCAGGCCCUGCAGGCGACCGCGCGCGGGCGGGGGGAGGCUCCUCACAGGGCGGGGGGCCCAUACCCCCGCCGCCGCACUCUUGUGUGUGGCGCGGGCCCCGGAGCCCUCGACCUCGCCCCAGGGACUGCCGCUAUCCGCCCCGCGAUCCCUCCUCCUCCUCCUCCUCCUCCUCCUCCUCCUCGCUUUCUCCUUGUCGCUUCCCCCCUGGGCUCGCUGCUGACUCUCAGGUGUUCAAUCGUGCACCC